UUCAUCUCUCUUUUUGCGUCUACAUUUUUUUGCAGAUCGCAUUCAAUCGCCCGCCAUGCUCAUGACGGCGCGUUCGAAGUUCUCAAGGAGACCGCUCCGCUUUCUUCUUCCUGUCGUCGUUUUUCUCUUCGUUGCCUUUUCUUUGUCGCGUUCCUCACGCCAGUCCCCUUCCGCGUCGCCCUUUUAUUCCAAGAAGACCAAGUCGUUCUUCCCGCCCCUGAGCAGUCCCAGCAUCGGUGACCCGAAUCCCGACUUUUGUAAAGGGUUUCCUACAAAGCUUCUCGACGACAUUCAAAUUGUGCUCAAAACCGGUGCCGGCGAUGCUGCGAAAAGCAAGGCGCAUCUCGCGACUGUCACCUCCUGCAUCACUAAUCUGAUCGUCGUUUCAGACCACACGGAGAAGAUCGGCGACCACGAAGUCAUUGACAUUCUCGCAGAGCUACCUUCUUCCUAUGCAGUCAACAGCUCUGAUUUCGAGGCCUAUGCUAGGAAUAAAAAAGCGCAGGAAGAAGGAAGCGCCGUCGGCUAUUCUAGAGAAGGCUGGAAACUCGACCGCUUCAAAUUCUUGCCUAUGGUUGACAAGGCCCACGAAGUUAAUCCGCGUGCCAAGUGGUACGUCUUUUUAGAGUCGGAUGUCUAUUACUUCUGGGACACGCUCUUCCGCUUGCUGGACCAGCUCGACCCUAAUGACCCACAUUACAUGGGAUCUCCGACCGCUGGAUCUGACGGCCGGUGGUUCGCGUACGGCGGCGCUGGAUUCGUUUUGUCUCAGGGGCUGAUGAAGAAAUUAAUCCCGGACAAGGGGAAGGGAGGGUCCGAUAGCAUUGCCCACAGGCCGUUGAGCGUCCGCUACGAAGAUUGGGUGAAAGCGGACUGUUGCGGAGAUGCGGUACUGGGGUACGCAAUCUUAAAUGCAACGGGAACGAAGAUGGAAUCGCUCUAUCCGACGUUCUCCGGCGACGAGUUGAAGUCGUUGAAAGUAGACAAAGAGCGAUGGUGCGUCCCUUUGUUGUCCCUGCAUCGGGUGUCGCCGGAGCAAAUGGAGUCUCUGUGGAAAUGGGAGAGGACUCGGCCAUACACUCAAAAAACCUUCGUCUACUCCUCCCUCCUUGCCUACACCCAUUCCCACCUCCGCGACGGCCCGACCCUUGAAUUCUGGGACAAUCAUUCCGAAGCCCCGCAACCCAACGACCGUCCCUGCCACAAAUCAGCCUCAUCAUGUGGCUCCGAGUGUGCAAAAGACGCGAACUGUCUACAAUACUCGUAUUCCCAGACGGUGUGCCGAUUCGCGCCAUACAUAAAGCUAGGAAACAGCGUGGAUAAGGAGAAUGGCGGACAAGGAGAAUUCAUCUCCGGAUGGGAGCUUGAAAAGAUGGCGAAGUUGGGGUUUAAGAUUGAAGAGGAUAUUCAUGAUACUUGUGAAGAGGCUACGUGGCUUGCACCGCAAAUUCGGUGAUAAUAGGCAGGCAGAGGUAAAGACGGCGACAGUUCACUUGCAAGACAGACAUGGACUUGGGUAAGCAUGAGCAUGAGAAUACAUUGAGGAGAAUAAACACACAUGGAUGAUCGAUUGAUUGAUCUUGCUUAAAUGGAGUUUGGGCUAUAGGCUGGGACUUGCAUGGACUGUUUUGCGAUACCCACAGACUACUUAAUUAUAGUAUCUUGU